AUGCGCGUUAACCAUAGUGGUGAAGUCUGUGCUCAAGCGCUUUAUCAUGGGCAAGCAUUAACAGCCAAACUUCCAAAUGUACGUCGUGAAAUGGAAUUUGCAGCAAUUGAAGAACAAGAUCAUUUGGCUUGGUGUGAAGAUCGUUUAAAAGAGCUCGACAGUCAUACCAGUUUGCUGAAUCCUGUAUGGUACGGUCUUUCUUUUGGUAUGGGUGCGCUUGCUGGCAUUGCAGGUGAUAAAUACAGUUUAGGUUUUGUGGCUGAAACUGAACGCCAAGUCAGCUUACAUUUACAACACCAUAUCAGUCAGCUUCCAGCUCAAGACGAGCGCUCACGUAAAAUAUUGGUGCAGAUGAAUGAAGAUGAACUGCAUCAUCGUGAUACAGCAUUAACUGCUGGUGGUGUAGAGCUGCCUAUUCCAGUGAAGAUCACCAUGACUGCUAUUUCUAAACUGAUGACCAAGACCAGUUAUUUUAUCUAA